UCAAGUGGAGAAUUCUUCAUUUCUAACAUCUAACCUACUUCUCCUUUGCUUCUAUUUCAGUUUCCUGCUUCUCGGUCACAGCAGACAGAUUUACCAAUGACUUUGAAAUCCUGUUUCUAGAGGAUCAAAAUAUGUCUGUGUAGACAGCCAGGCACCAAGGAGCACAUCCUGACAGACAGAGCCUCCCUGCAGGAGCAGGACCCUGGCACCAGGACAUUGCCACAGCUUCUGACCCAGGACUGUGAGUGUGGUGAUGAUGUGGGGGCUCCAGGCUGGGACACACCAGCUCCACCGGGACCUUGUCCUCCUGCCCACCCUGGUGGCGAUGCUUCUCCUCUGUGCCAGCGCCGGCCCAGCCGUACCCACUGCCAGCCCCCGGAGCGCCUCAGGGUUCCCCCCGGACUGCAGCCGCCUCCGCAAGAACAGCCCCAGCGGGGUGUACGUCAUCCAGCCGGCCCGGUCCCCCCCGCGCGUGGUCUGGUGCGACAUGGACACCGAAGGCAAGGGCUGGACUGUCGUCCAGAGAAACUCUCAUGACACUGAGCUCAACUGGAAGCAGUCCUGGACCACCUACAAGUACGGCUUUGGGAAUGUGCACGCCGAUUACUGGCUGGGCACUGAGUACCUGCACCUGCUGACCCAGCAGGGCACCUACAAGGUGCGUUUCGUCGUGCGGGACAAAACCAACGUCACCCACUUCGCCGAGUACGACAUCUUCAGGGUGGAGAGCGAGGCCAGCGGGUACCCGCUGAGGCUGGGCCGGCAUUCUGGUGAUGGGGACGACUACCUGACCCUCUACCACCCCAAGAAGGGGGGCAUUCACGACAACAUGAAGUUCAGCACGGUGGACAAGGACCAGGACCAGUACAGCGGGAACUGCGCCAAGAGCUACGGGGGGUGGUGGUACAACAGGUGCCAGAACGUGCUGCUCAAUGCCAAAAACUACAUCGUUUGGCCGGGGUUCUGCGACAACGGUGACUGCGCAUCCUCCCUCAUCCUGGUCAAACCCACAGACGUGUGCUGACCGUGCUGCAGCGCCCAGAGCCCCGGCAGUG